GUGGGUUCAGAUCUCAAGUGAUGCUGAUGCUGCGCGGUUUAACAGUAGGAUGCGUAAACAGUCGUCACGAGACAGCCGCGCGCAACUCCCGCGCUACAGACCAUUACACGGAUAAUGACCCACUUUAUGGACACUCUUUCACUUAUUUAAAAGAAAACCGAGUCCUUUUACAAAACAUGCACAUCUAGAAUAAAAUGGGGGAUAAGUUCGAGCUGCUGAAGACACCUGCCAACAGGAGAGCUGUGCGUAAGAAAAGCAAGAAUGAGAAACUGCGUUUGCGCGUCAUCUUCUUAGACGACAGCGAGAGAGUUUUUGAGGUGGAGAGAAACAUCCUUGGUUCGGAUUUCUUCAAUAAGGUGUGUGGUCAUUUAAAACUGCUGGAGAAGGAAUAUUUUGCCCUGGAGUUUCGUCACCAUACUGGCAGUUAUGUCUGGCUCGAACAUCUAAAGCCUGUGACUAAACAGAUCAAGAAUACCAGUGAUGUGGCGUUUCAUUUUAUUGUAAAGUUCUUCCCCCCUGACCCAGGACAACUGCAGAGAGGCUUGACCAGGUAUCUGUUUGCCCUUCAGAUCAAACAGGAUCUGUCUAAUGGCAGCCUAACCUGUAAUGACAACAGUGCCGCCCUGCUGGUCUCUCAUAUACUGCAAGCAGAAAUCGGGGAUUAUGAUGAGGAGCUGGAUGCUCAUCAUCUUGAAAGUAAGCAAUAUGUGCCAAACCAGGAGUAUUUGGACCACAAAAUCAUCCGCUUUCAUAAAAGACACAGAGGUCACACUCCUUCUGAAUCAGAUGUGCACUUGUUGGAGGUCGCCCGCAAAAUGGACAUGUACGGGAUCCGUCCGCAUCCUGCUCAUGACGGAGAAGGCAUGAGAAUCAACCUCGCUGUCACACACAUGGGAGUGCUCGUCUUUCAGGGAAAUACAAAGAUCAAUACCUUCAGCUGGGCCAAGAUCCGUAAGCUGAGCUUCAAGAAGAAACAUUUCCUUCUUAAACUCCACACUGAGACUGGGCCUUCGAGGAGGGACACCGUUGAGUUCUCCAUGGCCAGCAGAGAUGUUUGCAAGGCAUUUUGGAAGAUGUGCGUGGAGUACCAUGCUUUCUUCAGACUCGCCGAGGAACCCAAGUCACAACCAAAAUCCAUUCUCUCCAGCAAAGGAUCCAGUUUCAGAUACAGCGGGAGGACGCAGAGGCAACUACUUGAGUGUGUAGGCUCUGGAGAGAAGAAACAUUCGCCUUUUGAAAGAACUCACUGUAAAUAUGAUGCUCGUCAGUGCAGAUCCUCACCUGAUAUUCUUACCGACGUCUCUAAGCAGCUGUACGAGCAGUCCCAUCUACCUCCUGACUCGGCUGUUGCCGAGCAACACAACGAACAACCAGGUGUAGCAAAGCGCAGCCUAUCUGCAGUUGAAGUCAUGUUCGCGAAUGAGCUAGAACGAUCCAGGCCUUUGUCAAGAAACCCUGCCUUCUCGAGCAACUCUGCUUCGCCUAAACUUCGUUCCCUGUCCACAUCAGGACCGGAGCAUCGCGGGAGAGGGGCACAGAGACAGAAAGCAAAGAGACGAUUGUCUCCCAGCACUCAGCAUCUGGUGCUCCUCUAUCCUAACACACCCCAUCUGCAGUUUCACCCAGUUCUGCCCACCUUCCCACUCACCGCUCACCCAUACCUAUUCCAAGACCACACGUCUUCUUCUCUAGACCGCCUCCCUCAAACCCAUCACCACUCUGUGCCUCUACAAUACUUGCCUAGACAAAUCGGCCACUCCUCCUUGCCAUCAUCUUGCUUGUCACCGCAACUACUGAAGCAGCAGGAGAGACACCACCCCGAUGGUCAGGGAUUGGCUGAAUCAAGACUGUACCCCAGAGGAGGCCUUGGGCUGAAUAGAAAACUGGACUUGAGUAGAGUGGAGGCGGGACAUUACAGUGACGACUCCACCUUUCAGACCGGCUUGCCACGUCGAGCUUCAAGCCAACCAGACGUCAAAUUCCAGAGACCGACACUCGCCUCGAACGCUGCUGCCUACGCAUCCGAAUAUCGCCCACUGGGCUAUUAUCCACAUUUAUCUCGACACCAGGUUCCCACCAGGCCCACCUACCUUCCUCUAAGUCCCGUCCCUCUCCCGGAAAGGCCGACUUCAUUAUGCGUACUUGGCACAGGAAGUUACAGCGAUUCCGAUUCUGACACAUUCUAUCCUUACUUCCCCGCAUUAGGCAAAGUGGUACGUUCUGGUCCCCUGGCACGUAUGCGCUUUUCUUCUGGAAGCCUCCAGUUAGAUGAAGAGGACGGAGAGGAUGAGGAAGAAGAGCAGGAUUGUCAAGAUGAACCAGAGGAGAAUACAACUUUCACUACUGUCAAGGUGAUGAAGUUGUAGCCGUGUGGAAAAUGUUGAACGUGGGCAUUAUUGAUGGGGUUGAACAAAUAACACAAUAAGCUGUGGCCUGCAGACCUUUGGCUGAUAAUGAAGACAGAGGAGAAUUAUUAUUAUUCAGGAAAAUUAGGUAACAUCACUGUAAAUUUGCAUAGCUGAUCUAAAGUUAUAUUUUGUGGUAAGCUGCACUGAAUUUAUUUCAUUAUUUCACAUUAUUGAAUAAGUAAAUAAUCAUUGUGGUGAUUUUGAGUACAUCCUAAAAUUCAGCAAAGUAUUAUUUAUGUCCAGUUAUGUACCAAAUAGAAAGCAUCUGUUAGCUAACAAUGAAAACAACACAAUGCUUACAGUAUGUGACGGGACAACACUAACAAUUCAUUCUUCGACAUUUGUGCUAUUGUACCAAUGUUUUCAAUACUAGGAUGUGAGUUUGGUCAAUACAUUUUAAACUUGUCAAUAAAUUUUGUCAAUCACUGUGAUAUACAGGAUAUUUUUAUAGCAUUGCUCUUCAUUAUCACUAAAUAAUUUGACCUCUUUUAUCAACACCAACACCUUCAUCCUUUGAACCCCAUCCAUAAUCUCUCUAAAGCCCCAAUAAUACUUUGAAUCUUUCCUAAAGUUCACCAUACUCAAGCAUUUAAAGCGUUAAGCUAGGGCCACACCAAAAUACUUUUUAAAAUUCUUAUUAGAUUUUCAAAAUGUGAUUUUCAAACAUGAUGAAAAAAAUCUAUGAUUUACCAGUUUUGUUCCUAUAGUGCAGGGGUGUCCAAUCCUGCUCCUGGAGGGCCGGUGUCUCUGCAGAGU